GUGCAAGCCUGGCACAAGAAAAAUGAGAAGGCAGCAUGAAGGAACAUCCCAUCAAAAGAGUGGCAGCCACAAUCACAGUGUACAUACAUGUAUCCCAUCGAUCCAUUUCUAUUUCAUUGAUUAGUUUAGUAGCAGCUGUACUAUUUGCAUCCUCUACUUUCUACUUGCGUACUUACCGAUUAUUACUAUCAUCAUGCCGGAACAACAAACAGGCGUGGUAGUGAUUGGUGCCGGAUGGGCCGGAUUGGCCGCCGCCAAAGAGUUGUGCGACCAAAAUGUCGAUUGCUGUAUUCUGGAAGGCCGCAAUCGCAUCGGAGGUCGCUGUUGGACGGAUACUGGCGCUGACGGAGUGACUCCACUGGAAUGGGGAGCCGCGUGGAUCCACGGCAUCAAAAAGAAUCCGAUUUACGACAUUGCCAAGGCGUCUGGCGUAAAAACCAAGGAAGCGGAUUACGAAGCGCGGACGCUGUGGAAAGAUCAGCCCGAUGGAUCCUGCUCGCAAAUGUCGCUCAAGGAAGCGGACAAAAUGUGGGGGUACUUGAUGAACGGCAAGAGUGGAUUCAAAAAGUACGUCGAGCAUAAACAAGACGAUGUGGACAAUGAUUGGACGCUGCAAAAGACCGUCGAUGCAUUUUUGAAUAAAAUCAACGCCACCGACGAACAACGGCGUUUUAUGAGGUACAUUUGUGACGCGGAAUUUGAACAAGACAUGGCGGCAUCGUUGGACGAAAUUAGCAUGUUUUGGUUCGAUUCUGAUGGAGAAUUCAAGGGAGGAGAUGUUACCCUGGCCAAUGCCACGGACAGUGGAUAUAGCGCCGUCUUGAAGCAUUAUGCCAAGGACAUUCUACACUGUGUUCAUUGCCAGUCCAAAGUCACUGCCAUUGACUAUGAACAUGACGACGGUGUCGUCGUAACCUAUACUACUGCUGAUGGAGCGUCCCACAAGAUUGUAGCAAGUGCCGUCAUUGUCACGGUACCCUUGGGGGUCCUCAAGGCCAACGUCAUUACCUUUAAUCCUCCGUUGCCCAGCAACAAACAAUUGGUCAUUGACCGCAUGGGCAUGGGAGUCCUCAACAAGUGCAUGCUGCUCUUUGACGACGACGCCGAAUUGCCCUGGCCGGCCGACAAGGAGUGGAUUGAACGCAUCGUCACCGGAGAAGAUCCCGAGAAACCACAAGGACUCUGGACCGAAAUUGUUUGUCUCCGUCCAGAGGGAGGCAAGCGAAUUCUGUGCGCAAACACGGUGGGCCACAUAGCACGCAAGUUGGAAGCCAAAUCCAAUCAAGAGAUUCAAGAUUCGGUCAUGUCGGAGCUCAAGACCAUCUUUGCACCCCAGGAUGUGCCCGAGCCGUGUCAAUGUGUCAUUACCAAAUGGGGACAAGACGAAUUCGCCUACGGUUCGUUUUCGUUCAAUGCCAUUGGGGCCAAGCAUCUGUACCACCGAAUCUUGAACGAUCCCGUCGACAACAAGGUCUUUUUUGCCGGAGAAGCGUGUUCCGAAAAAUACUUUGCCACCACUCAUGGGGCCUACUUGACGGGCAUUGAUGCCGCCAAAAAUGCUGCCAAGCACUGUGGAAGUGACAAAAAAGGCCCGGCCAAGCUGCUUCAAAAGAUCUUUGGUUAGCUUGCUUUCUACUACUAAAGCAAAGUGUUGACAGCAGGAGACUGUGGCUUUUGCUUGAUCAUGCCGUUGUAUCCCAUUGCCAUGCAACACUUCAGGAAGCAGAUUCCCAGCUGCAUCAAUGCCAAUUCUUCUAGACAAAGCAAACUUUAACUUAACUACCUUUCAUCAUUGAAUC